AACGGGACCGAUUGAGAAAUACAAAAACUUUCUUAUGGUAGCUACUGCAAAAGGCUCAUGGUUUGAGAUGGGAAUUUGAAUUCGUUGUGUGAUUAGGCUACAUGAGAUUGCAUGUAUAGGGAUGAAUCAAAAUACAAGUUAUCUACAUAUUUUAUCUGUUUGGCCAAUUUAAAAAUCAACUUAAUAGCCAGAUCAGCGUGACCGAAGAUAGGCUACAGCAACCCCAUAUUCGUCUUGGCCUUUUCAAGCAUUUACGACGCACAGAUAGAAUAACAAUGACGCUGACAAACAGAAGAACGCAGAAUUGUUGACGCGGAAUUUAUUAUUGUGAAAUGAAACUUAACUUUCGAUGUAACUCACGAGCUCACGUCGCGCGCACCUCACUCUGUGCGGAGACCGCGGCUAUCACCGAUUCAGCAACACAGUCAAACUAACUGAAGGAAAAUAGACCCACGUUCACUGACGCAAGAUCAUGUUGUGAUGGAACACUUCAAUGGGACUUGGGUGUAUUUUGGGUAGACCUUGAUUCAUUGACUCAUUUGACCCAAUUUCGUUGACGGAAAUCAAUUUUUUUAUGAAUUUCAUCUGGAAACUUCAAUACUAAGACUUUCACUUCGACUGCGCUGGACGUUGAUGUGAGUGGCUUCCAGCGCCGUGAUCGUGCACGGAAAGACAGAAGGGGAAGAAAAUGGACCGCGAGGUGAUGGGUGAUGCAACGCCGAAACGGCCGCAGGAGGACCCUGGCGGCAACGUUAAAAAGAAGAGGAAAUGGAGCAGGAAGGCGAAUAAAGGAAAGCAGGAGAGAGAGAUACUUCUGCAGGACAGAGAGAGAUGUCUUCAGGAGAGAGAGAGAUGUCUUCGGGAGAAAGAACAGUCUCUUCGGGAGAAAGAGCGAUUUCUUCAGGAGCGAGAGAGAUGUCUGCUGCCCAGCGCUUUCCCAGAGGCCUCUGCAUGCUCAGGAGCCUCUCUGGAGGGUCAGAGGCAUGAGGAAGCACCAGGGAAGGCGGAGACACCUGGCCUCGUGGGAUUGGCUGGUGCUGUGGAGGAGCGGCCUGACAUGCCUCAGGAUGUGGACCCUUCAGUUGUGCCUUUUCCACCACCUGGCCAAACUGCGCCACCACCAGGCCAAACUGUGCCACUGCCUGGCCAAACUGUGCCACCACCUGGCCAAAAUGUGCCAGCCCCUGGCCAAACUGUGCCACCACCUGGCCAAACUACACUAACACCUGGGCAAACUACACCACCACCUGGCCAAACUACACUAACACCUGGGCAAACUACACCACCACCUGGCCAAACUCUUCCAACACUUGCCCAGCCUUCUCCACCCACCCCCUCCAAAAACCAAAGUGAUCUUCCACAUGACUCCACCACUGCUGACCUGCAGGAGAAACGACCGUCCUGCCAAAGCCCCUCUACUGGGAGAGAGUCGACCAAUCAGAGUGCAGAAAGUCUAGCGAGCACCAGCCCAUCACCCAAUCCUGGGGCAGAGGCGGAAAAGAGAGUGGAAACUGAGAGGCCCCCUUCCACAACCGAAGGCUCGGGAGGGGAAUCAACCCCAGGACCUGGCAGGGCCGAGAGCGCAAAGCAUGCUGGGAUAGGUGCCUGUGACCAAAGCAUCAAACACAGGAAGGACACGGCAAACUCCCAGCAGUCUGUGGCGGAGGAGGAGCGGAAGGAGGGCACCAUGGGAAGGCAGACCGCCGAAGCUGCUCAGCAGCAGAGCCUGGAGUCGGCACAGGCUGGUCCUCCAGAGAGAGCGCGUGGAGUACAGGGAGAGCAGGAAUCUGACACAAAUCCAAGCACAGGGAAUGCUGGGAAAAAUCCCCAACGUGGCGGAGAGGUACCCGCAAGCUCCGCCCCCACAGGAUCGCCUGUGGACACGCCCCCACCUGAGAACAAGGGGGCCACUGCAGAUCAGUGUGAUGAUGAGGGCUUUCAAACAGUGUCCUCAAAGAGGAAGAAGAAAAGGAUGAUGCACCCACCUCAAAUUCCACAGAGUCUACAGCAGGAACCUUCAACAGACAGCAUCACUGUCUGCUUCCACGCCAUCUUGUCCAAGGACUUCAGACUAGACCCACAGAAUGAUCUGGUUUUCAUAAUGCCAGGACCCCCUUUAGGGAAUUGGAAUUGGAAUUAUGUGAUAAAAAUGGAAGCUACAAAGGAUUUUGGAGAACAUGGUUACCUUGUGCAAGGACAACUAAUGGCACCCAGAGUGAUUGAGAAUGUCCCUAUACCCUAUAAAUACGUUGUGUGCAAAGAAAGCACAACUGGACAAGAAACCCAUUUUGAGCACAUUUACAAAGCUGGUGCAAUAGGAUUUGUCAACAGGUGCUUAUGUGUCAUGAAUUCUCUUCUAACCCAGCAAGGGGAGUGGCAUCAGUAUGAUGACAUCAUAUGGGCUGAACCAGGGAGAGGCGUGAUGACGCGCCUCAGAAGCUUUAUUGGAUUUAACGAGGGGAGAGAUAUCGCUAGAGGGCGCCACCUAGCUGGGAAGGUCAUGCUGGAGAUGAUAUUUGAUCUGCUACGAAGCUGGAGCGGAGUGAACGUGGCAAACUUUUUGAUUCAGCUUCAUCAGUUCUGUGUAGUUUACUGCAACCCCCUUGUCUUUGAAGAAAAGCCAAAAGUGUGGGAAUCUCUUGGGUACGGCCAAGUUCAGGUGAAAGGGCUUUUGAGAGAAUUCCUGCUGGAGAAUAUCGUCCCGCAGGAAGGAGGUGGAGAGAAGACAUUCCUCAGAGACCCCCUGAAAGCGGGACUCAUAACCAUGCUGGUUUGGCAAGAGUACCUGGAGCUGCAGAGCACUGAACAUCUCUCUUACAUGUGUGACCUACUGUGCCUACCACAGAAGCCCAGAGAAGAUUUCCAUGUGUACUGGAGAGACCUCGCCAGUGGAUUCCAGGAUCCACGGUGUGGGUUAAUGGUGCAGAAGAGUCUAGAGUCAUUCUGUGCCUUGGCACUGAAAGAGAAAGUGGAGAAGUGGAUCCUGGUGCUCCCACUCCUGCAUCUGCUGAGGGGCGACUGCAAACCCUUUGAGCCUCUUUCUCCUUCCCUAACUCCCUCCAUGGGGUUCAAUGCCUGGGCAGGCCUGAGGGAGAUCACUCCAUCUGAAAUGCAGCCAAACUCACAGUAUACAAGGGCUCUCAUGAAAGUGAUGGCAGAGCACACACACCUUGUGGAGGUGGACAGGCUCCUGUCCCGCUCGUGGUUGUAUCUGCUGGGGGUGGAGGCUGUGAAGGAGUUCUGUUCUUUCGUUCCUGUGGACCUCCAUGACGUCGUUCAGCGGCUGUUCUUUAGGCUGCAGGUUGAAUUGUCUCUCUCCAAACAUGAGGCAGUGCAGAAGCUGCUGGUGUAUCUCAGUCAGUCAGUUAAGGAACAGAAAUUCAGGUGUUAUGACACUGGUUAUGGGAAAGAUUGCUUGACUGUGUCACUAAAACUUCUGGAGAGGAUUUGCCAAGCUGCCAUCGAGCAACGCUUCUACAAGCUCCCCACAGCAUGUGUGACGCUUGUCUCUGCUGUAGCGGACUUCACUGCCAGCGUUCAUGAGAAACACUCUGAACAGAAUGAGGCUCAGCUGAAUUGCAGUACCAGAGAAGAGUUAGGAGAGAUGCUUCAAAUGAUCAGGGACUGGAUGAGGAAGACCUUUGACAACAAGCUGCUCCGCACGGUCACUCAGUCUAGCACUUUCAUCUCCAGAUGUGAAAUAGAGGCUUGGAACAACAUCCUCUCACUCACCUUUGGUGGAGAAGAGUUCACAGAGAUUUGGAGGACUACACUUCUAAAUGAUUUUGAAGGCAAACUGAAGCAGGAGCGUAGCAUGGACCAGAUUGAAAUCUACUGCAACCAGAUUGAGGAAGUGAACAGGAAGUUCCCGACUUUAAGUGCAUGUUUGGAGAAAUGCGCCCUGGAGGGUAUUACCUCUGUCUGCCAGGGCAGGGAGGAGCGCUCCCUCUUUGAACGGCUGAGGCGUCAUGACUUCAGGAAGUUUGGGAAACUGGUGUCCGCCCUGGUCCUGCAGGCCUGGCCCCCUGACACCAGCGAGGGCUACCUGGAGGGGGAGGAGGCAGUCCUGGAACAUCUCCUCACCUGGUCUAUCACUAAGAACGUCUUCCAGCUGCAAGGCACAGAUGGAAAGCUCACCAAAGAGCUCACCGACUGUGCCAGGGAACGAAUGGCUGUUGCGACGUCCACGUUUAGCAAAGUCUCAAAUAAGUUCCUCACAGGAAACAUCAAGAUGAGGAGUCUCAACCGGAUCCUCAAGAACAAAGACGCCUUUCUGGAGCUUCUGAAAAUAGAUGGUCUGUCUAUGAAUGAGAGGUGCAGAAACUCUGCAGCCAUGAUGAAUAGGCUUAUGAAGUUCAGGGAGGAUGAAGUUAAGAGCAUCUACCAUGAGAGGGCGCUGUUGCACAACCUGCUGGAAGUGUGCCAGAAACUACAGGAGUACAUCACCGUUGAUCUGGAGGACCUGGAGAGCAAACUCGGAGUGACAGUGGAGGAGAAGACACUGGACGAUUUCAUGGAGGUCCAUCAGCUUGACAAUAUAUCCUCUGAGAAAUUAGGCGUGGUCACGUGCUUUGAGCUCCCGCCAGGCAUGCGAGAGAUGGCGGAGGCCCUGCACAUGUUCAGGGACAGCUUCAUCUUCAACAUGUGCUGGAAGAACCAGGCGAAAGCGCUGUCACGCAGUGAUGACAUCACGGGUGAGAUGGGAGCAGCACCUGUGAUACGGGCCUCCCUCCAUGAGAUUCACAAGGAGGUUUUUCAGCCCUGUUACUAUAGAUACAGAGAAAUCUACAACAACUUGAGAAGCGGUGGGCUCACCUUACAGGAAGUGGACGACAUCUUUGAGGACUACAAGGACAAAUAUGAUGAUCUGACCAAUGACCUGCAGAUCAUGUGUGGGAUUGAGUCGUCAAAGGAUAAACACUGGAUAGAUAGGCGGGUGCAACAAAUCGAACAGUACCACGAGCUCCACCUGGCACUGGAAUCUGCCAUGGUCAUCAUGGAUGUCAAACAGUUACUCUGCCUUCAAGGAGACUUUCACAUCGUGGACACUCUGCUUGGUGCUACUGACGCAGAGUUCAAGAGAAAAACUCUGGAUCGCAUUGACAAUGACCUGAUUAAAGUGAAGAAGGAGGUGGCCAUGACUGAGGAGCAGAGACUGUGUCUCCAGGAGCUCUACCUCAGGAAAAACUUCAUCAUGUGGUUGAAAGAGGCUCUGCAAGAUCUGAAUGAGCUGAAGGUCUUUGUGGACCUGGCCUCCAUCUCAGCCGGAGAGAAUGACCUGGAUGUGGAUCGCGUGGCCUGUUUCCAUGAUGCUGUACUGGGAUACUCGUCUGUGCUGUACGAGCUGAAGCCAGAUGCUGGAUUCCGGGCCUUCAGGAAGGCCCUUGGGAAACUGUGGAAGGCUCUCAACAAUGACCGCCACCUUCCCAAGAAGCUGCGAGACACAGCACGUCACCUGGAGUGGCUGAAGACAGUGAAAGAGAGCCACGGCUCAGUGGAGCUGUCUUCUCUCUCCCUCGCCUCUGCCAUCAACAAGAAAGGCCUCUACAUUAUCCGUGCGCAAAACCAGAAAAAGCUGACCUUGGACACGACCCUGAAGCUGGAGAUCUUGGAGGGGCACACGGAGCAGUCACAGCAGCAGGAGGUGCGGGGGAUGCGCUCCUACUCCCUGGAGGACCUUCAGGAGCUUCUGAACAAGCUGAUGCUGAUUUCAGGGAGAGGAGACCAAGGGCAGAAAGAAGAGGUUGACCACUUUUCUGAGGUCUUCUCCAGUGUCCAGAGGAUGGCACUAGCUUUUAUCGAACUUCAUGCUGCAGGAAACCCCCUGUUCCAGCGCUGGGAAGCUAAAAUCAGCUGCCAACCAAACAGCGAGGCCAGCAUUGUCAUGGACUUUCACCUUGGCAGUGGCCAGGGCGUGGGCAAGGUUGUGGUGGAGGGUGACAUGCUGGAGCAGCUGCCAGAACUGUGCAGGAAGAUGGAGCAAUAUCUGUCUACCUGGAAGGACUUCAUGAACGAGCAGAGGUCCAUGCAUUAUUAUCUCAACUACUACACAGCAGAGCAGGUAGUGUACCUGUGCGAUCGGCUGAGCUCAGGGACGCAGACUCCAACGUUGGAUGGUCAGGUGGUGACCAUGCUCUCCUUCAUCAGACCCGGCUGCGACGCUCAGGGUUUGAGGGAGAUGCUGCGUGUGUUCUGGGGUGAUUUCCAUGGCAGAGAUGCAUUGCAGGACCAACGAGAUGAGGUUGACUUUCAAACGUUUGCGGAGGAGGAGGAGAUGUGGGAGGAGGAAGAGGAGGAGGUGUGGGAGGAGGAAGAGAACCCAUUGGAGGAGGAAGAGCAGGGGCAUUAA